UAGGGCAAUUUUCAAUAUGGCUUCCUUCACGAGGUUUCGUGCAAACUUGCCCCUGGAGAGAGAGCACUUUCUUGCAUGGUGGAGUUCAUUAAAGAGACUAAGAUUGUGGCAGAGAUGUAAACAUACAGAAUGUGCAGUUGAGGUUGAAGUUGGAAGUCAGAAAAUGUCAUUCUCAACGGGUAAAAUGGCCAGGUUAGCAGACGGAGCCGUGGUUGCUGAGCAUGGAGAGAAUUCUACUCUAGUUGCUGUUGUCAGGGACAAGAAAUCCACACCAACUGCCCAUAAAGGCGUCCAAUUGAAAGUUGAUUAUAAAGAGAAAGCAGCAGCAGGAGGCUUGAUUCCUAAAACCUUCUUCAGAAAAGAUGUUAUUACAUCAGACAGAGAAACAAUUGUCAGUAGACGGAUUGACAGAUCACUCAGGUCAUUAUUUCCCAAAAAUUAUCUGGGUUCCACACAAGUAACAGGCAUUUUAUGGGCAGCAACUGGGCUUCAUGAUCCUGAUAUUGCUGCUAUGAAUGGAGCUUCUGCGGCUAUUUCAGUGUCUGAUAUCCCUUGGAGUGGCCCCAUUGGUGCAGUAAGAGUUGGAGAGGUUGAUGGGAAGUUUGUUAUUAAUCCUGCAUGGUCAGAACUUAGUAUCAGUAAAUUGAAUCUUGUUGUUGCUUGCAGUAAAACUAAAGUUGUAAUGAUAGAGGCAUUUGCUCAAGAAGUUAGCUCUGAGAGAUUUUGUGAGGCUGUAAGAUUUGGCUUUAAAGAGUGUCAACCCAUCAUUGAAGUUCUGCUUGAGUUGCAAAGACAAGUGGGAAAGAAGAAGGACAUGUCACAAGUUGGGCGUGGCACACCUCCUGAAGAGAUAAAGAAUGCUAUUGUGAGGUUUAAUUUAUACGAAAAAUUUGACAAAAUAUUUUCAAACUAUACUUACUCAAAGAUGGAACGCGACAAGGAAAUGUUUAAAGUUAGGGAUGAUCAUUUUUUGCUUAUGCAAGAGAGCUUUCCAAAUGUUGCCGCUCAUGAGAUACAAAAUGCACUUUUUGAAGAAACCAAAUCAGUUUUAAGGAACAAUGUUCUUAACUCGUCUCAAAGGUUUCCUUUUUUUAUUUUAACAGAGAGCUUUCCAAAUGUUGCCGCUCAUGAGAUACAAAAUGCACUUUUUGAAGAAACCAAAUCAGUUUUAAGGAACAAUGUUCUUAACUCGUCUCAAAGAUGUGAUGGACGUGCGUUUGAUACUCUUCGACCCAUUAGAUGUGAAGUUGAUUUGUUCAAAAGUCUUCAUGGGUCUGCGUUAUUUCAAAGAGGAGAAACCCAGGUGUUUUGUACGGCAACACUUGGUUCUCUUCGUUCUGCAAAACAACCUGACGCCGCUGUACAGGGGGUCGGCGACGUCAAAGAAAGACCUUUCAUGCUUCACUAUGAGUUUCCACCAUUUUGUGUGAGUGAAAUAGGGUUUGUCGGUGGCUCAAGUCGACGAGAAAUUGGUCAUGGUAAUUUAGCAGAAAUGGCUUUAGAACCAGUUGUUCCUAAGGAUUUUCCAUUCACAAUCCGACUUACAUCUCAAGUAUUAGAAUCAAAUGGUUCAUCAUCUUUAGCAUCCGUUUGUGCUGGAAGUUUGGCGCUGAUGGAUGCAGGGAUUCCAAUCACUCGUCCUGUUGCAGGGGUUGCGUGUGGUUUGAUAACAAGCAGUGAUGCAGAGGACCCGGAUAAACCAGACAUAGAAAAAUAUUGUCUCCUGACAGACAUCUUGGGCAUUGAAGACUUCAUAGGUGAUAUGGACUUUAAGCUUGCUGGAAGCAGAGAAGGAAUAACAGCUCUUCAGGCUGAUUUCAAGGUACCAGGCCUUCCGUUGCAUAUUGUGGAAGAGGCAGUCAAAAAGGCAACUGCUGAUCGCAUGAAAGUUUUGGAUGUGAUAGAAGAAUGCCAAAGCAGGCCGAGAAAAAUACCCAAAGACAAUCUGCCAGUUCAAGGAAAUGUAGUUCUUUCUCGUCAUCAAGUUAAAAAGCUGUUUUUCGCUGGUGGACUACUAUUAAAAAAUUUGCAGGAAGAGACAGGUACAAUCGUCACGCGAGUUGAAGAAGAUGAGUUUCAUGUGUUUGCUUAUAACGCCAAAGCUUUCCAGGAGGUUUUAGACAAGAUGAAUGAAAUUACUGCAGGUGCCGAUACAGAAAAGCACUGGACAGAAUCUCUUGAAGUUGGAGUCACGUAUAAAGCAACUGUUAUGGAGUUUAGGGAGUACGGGGUUAUGAUAGAGCUUUUGCCGGACACACCCAGCGUACUUUUACACAAUUCAGAGAUAUCUCACGAUACGAAUCAUCAAAACACGAAUGAAUUUAAACUAGGACAAAUCGUUGAUGUUGUGUAUCUUGGAAAAGACCCGUUCUCUGGAAAAGUUCGUGUCUCAAGAAAAGCACUUUUUCCGAAACCUCAAAAAAUCAUGAACCACAAAGAUUUUAUCGAAAAGUUUCUCAGUCCUUCAAAAAAUAAAAGGAAUUGAUUCGCUACUUAUCAACUUUUUCGUUUAAAAGCUUUAAUGAAGAUUUUCUUGGUACAGUCAGCGGCAGUUAGAUACAACAGACGUCAGUCCUGGAUAUUUCUGAAGAGAAAUUUGGUGUUUGGGUCGGGAAAUUUUUCCAAAAACUUGGGGCACUUGCAAAAUUUCCUUUCAAAAAAACUGCUUAAUGUAGUCCGGCUAAAAUCCUCCACAAAGCUUUGUAAAGUUGAUUGGUGAGAGUAUGAGUUUAGAUAAAGCACUGUAUAAAUGCUA